CUCUUAUCUCUGACCGGAUUCUGCAUGAGGAUCUGGGCUUAGAGUUAUUGGAGGUUAUUAAAUGGCGAUAAUCAUGUUUGAUGUGGAGAGAUUGCUAUCACUUGUCUUCAGUUAACACAGCGAAACAUAAAGAAUUAGUGUAUUUUUACAAAAAUUGGCGAGAUCAUCCAAGAAAACAAGGAGCGAACAAAUUAGUUACGUGGAAAACGUAUUGGUGAAGGACAUAUAUGUCGUAUUACAAAACGAAGAAUCACGUCGACGAACUGACUGCAGCCACAUCAUCUGGCCUUGAUGAAAAUACACAAUCAGCUGUCCCUACCGCUUGCUGUUUAUAUAUCUUCCAAUAACAACAAUUCAUUUUAUAAAUUCAUCUUUCCGUUUGUCAGUUAUAUUCUAAUCAAUCUUAAUAUAUCAUCGAUUAUCAGAGAAGAGACUCGACAAAUGAUUUAUUAAACUUAAAUUAUUCGUAAUUAUAGUUUGAUGAAAAUUACAUUUAUUCCUGCCAUUUGACUGAAGUGUGACAGGUCUAUAACUAAAACUUGCAAGUUUCAUCGGAUUUGAUGUAAUGUGAUAUGUGUCAUCAAUUUGAUUGAAAGACGAUAAUGUCCCAUGGAAAAAAAUAUAUAGAAAUAAGCAAAAAGGGAAAGACGGAAAAAAUCUUGAGGGAAUGGUACACAUUUCCGUUGACAUUUUCCAUAAUGAUGGAAUCGUUGGAAUGAGAUAGAUUAGUUGGAAAAAUUUUUGGUGGACCAUGUGCACUAUUAGGAGUUUGCGAUCUUGACAAAAGAGAAUUUAAAUUUAUUUUUUUAGCAAACAAUGGCUUGUAAUGCUCUUAUUUGGGGACUGUUGUUUGUGGGAUGCAGCAUACAGACAUUAUGGGCUAUAUCUGAAGAUAAUCCAUCAGAAUAUAUGAAUAAGGAAGAGAGAGAAGCUUUAAAAGAAGAAGCAAGGGAUAUGUUUUAUCAUGCAUACAAUGCAUAUAUGGAUAAUGCAUAUCCUGCUGAUGAACUGAUGCCAUUAAGCUGUAAAGGACGAUAUAGAGGCUCUCUACCUAAUAGGGGUGAUAUAGAUUCUACAUUGGGAAAUUUUUCACUUACUUUGGUAGACACACUGGAUACAUUAGUGGUACUGGGAGAUUUGGAAGAAUUCGAGAAUGCAGUCAAACUUGUUGCUAGAGAUGUAAGCUUUGAUACAGAUGUUAUUGUUUCUUUAUUUGAAACGAAUAUUAGAAUGCUUGGAGGUCUUCUUAGUGGUCAUAUAUUAGCUGAAUAUCUGCAACAGAGAGCUGAUAUAAUGCCAUGGUAUAGAGGAGAACUCCUAGAUUUGGCUAAAGAUUUAGGUUACAGAUUUUUACCUGCAUUUAACACAACUACUGGAAUACCGUAUGGCAAAAUAAAUUUGAAACAUGGCAUGAAAGGAGUUUCUGUGGAAAUAUCAAGAGAAACAUGCACUGCUUGUGCAGGUAGUAUGAUAUUAGAAAUGGCCGCUUUAUCUCGAUUAACAGGUGAACCGAUUUUCGAGGAAAAAGCGCAGAAAGCUAUGGAUGUUUUAUGGCGAAUGAGACAUCGUGGUACAGACUUAAUGGGAUCUGUGUUGAAUGUUAAUUCUGGAGAUUGGGUACGGAGAGAUUCCGGGGUCGGCGCUGGCAUAGACUCUUAUUAUGAAUAUUGUCUUAAGGCAUAUAUUUUACUCGGUGAUGAAAAAUAUUUGGGCCGUUUUAACAAGCAUUAUCAAGCCGUAAUGAAGUAUGUUAGUCAGGGUCCCAUGUUAUUGGAUGUACAUAUGCAUAGACCGAAUACCAACUCCAAAAACUUCAUGGACGCUUUAUUGGCCUUUUGGCCAGGUCUGCAGGUUCUUAAAGGUGACAUCAAACCUGCCGUAGAAACGCAUGAAAUGUUGUACCAGGUUAUGCAGAGGCAUAACUUUAUACCAGAAGCAUUCACUACCGAUUUUCAGGUACAUUGGGGACAUCAUCCACUCAGACCAGAAUUUUUAGAAUCUACUUACUUCUUGUAUCGAGCUACAGGUGACCAUUAUUAUUUGGGAGUUGGACGUAAAGUACUCAAAAGUUUACAAACAUAUGCAAGAGUGCCAUGUGGUUAUGCAGCUGUAUCAGAUGUUAGAACUAACAAACAUGAUGACACAAUGGAUAGCUUUGUAUUGUCCGAGACAUUUAAAUACUUAUUUUUAUUAUUCGUGGAACCAGGCGAAUUGGUUUUAGACUUGGACGAAUUUAUUUUUACCACUGAAGGUCAUUUAUUGCCGCUCACACUGGCUUCUAUCAGGACAAAUAUAUCAUCUGAUUUUGAACGCGAUAUUGUUUAUGUGAACGAAUUUGACCGUACUUGCCCAAAUAGCUUACAUUUAUUUCCGGCAACAGUAAGGCAACCUUUGAGAAAUAUGGUAGAGGAUGUUUGUCCAAGACAAUCGGUUAAACGAAGAUUAAGCGCAUCGCAAUUUCAGGCAAAUAAUUUGAAACAUCUGAAAAUGUUAAGUGAUAUGGGAAUAACAACUCUAACAUUAACCGAUGGACGAGUUCAACUUUUGCACACAUUUUCUAAUGCAAAGACACCACAAGAUUCGGAGGAAGGAUUAUUGUUUAUGCAAGAAAUGGUUGAACUUACCAAGAUGCAAAUACAACCGGAAACUAAACCGCAAACAGUAACGUUCACAAAACCUAACACAGAUCCACCAGAAAAAGUUACGUUAUUAGCCGGACCAGCACAGUUUGGACCUGAGUUACAGAAUUUCGAUAAGAUUACUGGAAAAGUAAUAUUUACAUAUCCACCCGCAGCUUGCACAGAUCUGCUGAACGCGGAUAGAUUGGCAGGCAAGAUAGUAAUAAUGGAUCGAGGAAAUUGCAUGUUCAUAGAAAAGGCGCGGAGAAUUCAACAAGCUGGUGCUCUUGCCGGAAUAGUAUUGGAUAAUGUUGCGGGUUCGAGUGCAGCAACUUCGCCCAUGUUUGCAAUGUCAGGCGAUGGAAAAGAGAUCGAUGACGUCACAAUACCUGUUGUGUUUCUCUUUUUCACAGAGGCAGCUGAACUGAUGACAGCUAUUAAUAUGGCUAAUGGCGAUCUUACUGUCACACUUGGGAUAUAUUCUUCAAAACAAGAAAUUCAGCUUAAAGCACCUACUGACUUGUCACUGUUCGAACGUUUGAAAGGAUCAUUGAAAUCAUUUCUCAAAAAUUUCAUAUGUUUAUAGACGACAGCUAUUACAUCGAACUUGGAUAUGAUGAUUCCGAUUGAAUCGCAAGAAACUCAGGAGGACGCUAUUGAUUUUCAUUAUUUUCAUGCAGAAAUUGUCAAAGAUUCACUUGGUGGUGAAGUCAGAAUUACUGCCGCAUCCGAAGCUACAAUUACCAUCUUAAGACCAGUCUCUACACCGAUAGAGGUUUUGUGGCAUCAAUUAAAAGAAGUAUUCGUCAAUCAAAUAUUUCUCAACACUAAACAAAACAAAGGUAUAAGAAUCAGAAGUUGUAUUUUGGAGAGCUAUUACAAUUGGAUUAACAAGGCGCGUGGCGUGCUUAUGAAAACGUCUUUAUCAUAUAAAGUUCGAUGGUUCUUAAGUGAGCUGUUGGUGGUCGCGCCAAACUCAUCUAUUAAAAAGAUGGGACAACUACUAGAACCAAACAAGCAGAAACUAUUGAAACAAUAUUUACUUACUAAUAUGGAUACUAUGGUGCUGAAUUUAAAAACCAUAGCUACAAAAUUGAAGAAUGUAAAAUCUGUGAGUCCCGAAAUGGAACAACUGCUAAAGAUUUCGGAAUCUGGCAUUACGCAAGUUGAAAAUUAUUCAUUUCUACGUCAUUUGUUAACUGAUUUGUUUGACGAAGAAGAAGAGAUCAUUAAUCAGCAUGUCGCCCUUUUGGAUCGUAUUCAUGCAGAAGUUCAUACUACAUAUCAAGAAAUAUUAAUUGAUGGUGUCCAAAGGCACUUGGAUAAAUCAGGAGUGGAAGAUAAUUCUUAUUAUGACAUAUUGAUUGCCGAUUUGCAAAAGAAUUUAAAAAAUAUAGAUAAAAAAGAAAAUAUACUUAGGAAAACUAAAGAAAACAAUUUGGCAGUUGCUGAAUUUAUUAGUGACAGUAAUACAGGUAAAUCAGAACUGGAAAGAAAAAACCUUAGAAUCUUAAAGAAAAUUAAAGAAUCAAAUACUGAAAAGUUAGAGGAUUUUGAAUAUUUCAUAUUAACGGAAAUAGAAAAAGCAGUGAAAUAUUCUGAGCAAAAUAUUUUACAAAAAUAUGAAGAUAUAAGCGACGAAUCGAAAAAUAUUAUGACAAAAAAUAAAAAGGAUAAGAAUAUUGUCAAAUCCGGCGAAAUUAUUCUGCACUCUUCUCAAAAUCAGAGCGAGAGCGAAAAUAGAGAGAAUAAAGUUCGAAGUUCCUUUCAGAAAGAAAUAGAUUUUCUUCAACUAACAAAAGUAAUAGAUACGAAAUUUAAAGAAACAACAGACAAAAAGAUAAAAAAGUCUUCUGCAGAUUCUGCAUCGAGUAGUACUAAUAAAAUUCACAUUUUUGAUGCGUCUAUGGCUAAAGAUACAUCCAAUACAAGGAUUACAUCUCCCAAUAAUAAACAUACUUUAUUACAAGGAUUACAAAAAGACAUUAGUGAUAUACAGCAUAGUCACAAGACUGAUUUAAGAACAAAGACAUCCAAUCGGAAAGAUUUCGUUGAAAAUAAAAUUAUAUCCACUGAUUUACUGGAAGAGUUUAAAAAUCCUAUGUGGGUUAUCAAUGAGGAAAAAGUAUUUCAAAAGAAACCACAAAUGGCAAAUACGCUACAUAGUACCACAAAACCCAAUAAAGUGAAGUAUGAUGAAAAAAAGUACAUGAGUAAAAAUAAAGCAACUAAACCAAAAUCGAGUACAGCUAAACAUAUCGAUAAUGAAUUAUAACAAUAGUUUUGAAAUUUAGACUACAAUUAUACAGAAUUUCCAACGGCCAUAAGGCUAUACUGCAUUAUAACUGAUAUUUUUGCAUUGUGAUCUAGAUGUGCAUAUAGUCAAUACGUUCCGUGCCAUGUGUACCAUCGAUGAUACACGUUAAACUUUUCAUUCAGACCGCGUAUUCCACGGAUAGUACACGAUGUGAUGACUAUUCUUUACGUAUGCAUGACUGUUCUGAGCUCGGCACGGAACGGGUUAAUUGACCUCUAAAACACCUCUUGUGUGUGUAUUUGCGCGCGGGCGCAACACACACACACACACACGAGAGAUAAUCUAGAAAAAUUAUAUCUAUUCGAUAAGAAAUAUAAAA